AUGUCGUGCGUGCACGUCCCACUCGACCUUCUGCUCACCUUCCCCUCUCCGUUUUUCAUUGCACGACUGUCCUCCCCACGGAUGCCACACACCCGCAUCCGCCCCUCCCGACAACAUCCACUUACCUCUCGCUCCAUGCUGGUGUUUCACCUCCGGACAAGUGGACGGGCACAUUCCUACAGCGGACGUGGGCAAAACACGAUGGAGCGCAUCCCUCUUGUUGUGCGCCGGAUGGUGGCGGCGGAGCAAAGCUGCGGCUUCGUCCACUUUUUCGCCUCCCUCGCCGAUGCGUCCGCAACACCGUUAGUCAUCGAGGCAAAGGCCUUCAGCAGCGCUGCCGCCGGUGGUGCAGCGGACGACGCUGCACCGACGUACCAGCUUGUCUACGACGUCAUGCGCUCACGAAAUGGCCAUAUACUGUUCAAGAAAUCUUAUGCUGAGCGCUUCACGCACAGUCUUGCCCUUGCCGCCCCGGUGCACGCCCUCCCAGCCCAGCUGCGGUCUCUUGUUCAGUCGCGUCUGCAGGCGUAUAUCGAGUCGCCGGGCGUUUACCUGGACGGCGCCACCGAAAGGAACGUGAAGUUACUGUCCUGGAUUCCGGCCACCGCUGCCUCCACCACACAAGAAGAGGCGUUCCCGAUUCCUGGCAUUGUCAUGCUUGUCAAGUCAUCUUACCCCUCAGAGUCCAUGUACCGCGAAGGUGCCAAGCUCGGCUUGCUGUUUAACGCGCACCGCACCAAUCCCAAUGCGAAAGUGGCCCAGAUGGGGCUGCGCGAUCGUGCUAACGCCUAUCUGGCUGAGAAUGACGUGUAUGAGGUGCUACUCGUGCACGACGCCGCCGACGCUUACCUCGUUCCCGAGGGUUCGCGGUCGAACUACCUUUUGCAGAAGUCGGACGGAACGUGGUGGUGCAGUGCCGAGGAAGACAUCCUCGUCGGGAUCACGCUCAAGACAACGUACCGGGUCGUGCAGGCGUGCGGCCUCGGCAGUGUGCAGCAUGCCAAGCUCACCCUAAAGGACAUUCUCGAAAGCAAGUCGCUCUUCAUCUUGGGCACCAGUCCCACGAUCAUGCCAGUUCAAUCGGUGCUGCUGUACAGGGACACGGAGACGCGCAGGCUCUACGAGGAGGCAGUUCGGGGGCUCGGCACGACCGCGGGAACGGUGCAGCAGGUGUCAGACGACAAGGCAGAGCUUCUCUUCCCCGUGAAUGUGGAGCUGGCGGCCGCCCUGCGGGCUCAAUACUUUGCGGAGGCCGCAUCCUCAUAG